CGAAUUGGUUGAGUAACUUUUAGAAACCAGAUAGCGUAAUAGUUUACGUUAGUUAUUAUGUUAUCACGGAAACCGGUAUUUAGUUUUGUACAUCUCUCCUUGAAACCUUAUGAAUUUCAGCGCUACCCCCACAAAACUGGCUUCAACCAUUCUGAUCUUGGCAUUAGUUAUCGUUGUCACUAUAUUAGCAUGGAGCAAGUGAAGAAUAGCUUAAUUGGUUUGGUCGCUGGGAUUAACGGUGGAUUUGCUUCAGUAUAUGUUGGACAACCAUUGGAUACUAUUAAAGUCAAGAUGCAAACGUUUCCGGAAGUUCAUCCGUCAACAUGGAAGUGUCUCCGAGUUACACUUGCGAAGGAUGGAAUCGCUCGCGGGCUCUAUGCAGGAACUGUCCCGUCACUUGUUGCAAAUAUAGCUGAAAAUGCGGUGCUAUUCUGUGCUCUUCCACCUUCUGAACAUCUAAUAGCCGGUCUCUGUGGAGUGGAUAAUAGUAAUCUCUCAGUACUACAGCAUGCACUUGCCGGUAGUAUAGCUGCUUUUUGGUCGAGUUUAACUCUUUGCCCAACCGAAUUAGUCAAGUGCAAAGUUCAGUCAAUGAGAGAAAUGACUGAGUUAGGACAUAUAAAGGUUGAUGUAAAAAACUUAGGUCCAUGGGCAGUAACAAAGUCAAUAUACAAAGAAAAAGGUUUCAAAGGAUUUACUUGUGGUUUAGGUGCUACAUUUGCCAGGGAAAUGCCUGGUUAUUUCUUCUUUUUUGGUGGGUACGAAGCAUGUAGAACAUUGAUGACUCCUACUAACGGACGUAAAGAAGAUUUGGGUCCUAUUAAAACUGUUAUCGCUGGCGGAAUAGGUGGAGUUUCACUGUGGGUGGCGAUAUUUCCAUUCGAUGUUGUUAAGUCUCGCAUGCAAAUCGGACAUCAUACUGUCACGUCAUCCUCAAUCGCUCAUGGAAACAAAGUCAGUAAACAAAAAAGCAUGUUUUCUGUCCUGUUAGACAUCAAGAGAAACGAAGGAAUUCGUUCACUUUAUCGUGGUCUUGGCCCAACAUUAUUGAGAACAUUUCCAGCAACAGGAGCUUUAUUUCUAGCCGUAGAAUGGACUCGUAAAUGCGGCCAUUGGUUACUAGACUGAGAGAAUAAACGAGAUGAGUGACCUCAUUACUUGUCUUUCAACUAUUGUCAUGUGUUUUGUUGUUUCCUGUUUUCGUCAGUUUCUGAUAAUUUCUAUCUGUAAACUCUAAUGCUUGUCCAAUUAGCUUCUCUAGCCUUUCGCGGAUUGAACCACUACAGAUAAUUCUAUUUUUUUAUGCCAACACAUUUAGCAUAUUUCUGAAAAUUUGAUUUACCUGUUUUUUACUCAAUAAACGAAGUUACAUCAGCAAACGUUUUUUUAAAAAUACAAAAUAUACAUGUAUUAUGACGUA